AUGGAGGGUGGAGAUGCUUGGAGGAUGCUAAGAUGCGCUGGCGGUGUACAAGAUAAUACGAUAAUCAACCGGAUAAUGCUCAGAUUCAGGCCGAUUGCUCCAAAACCGGCGAACGGAGACUCGGUUUCCGGUGAUUCAACGUUUGGUAACAAGAACACGGGUGUUACAAGCAAGAGAGUAAAGAGAAAAUACGUUAGGGUUUGUAAGAGAAAUAAUACUAGGAGAAUAGCCUUGGAUGAAGCUAAAAAAGAUAACGCUGGAAAUAAGGGUUCCCCAAGUCUACAUCUGUUGCCAGAGAGUGCUGAUCUGGACAAAUCAACGGUUGGGGGUGAUAUUGAUCUCAGUCGGACAGCAGGUGAUAAUUAUCCUAUCCAGGACCCACCGUCCCCGUGCUUGAAGUUAAAGAAAAUGGUUGCAGCAGUGGGGCCGUCGGAUCAGACGGCGUUGAUAGCCUCCAGAGGUAGGACUAGGAGGGUUACGGUUUUGGAGUCACGUGUGACGGUGGAGAACGUGACGGACACUUGCAUGGAUGGAGGAGAGAUUGGGAACUUCACGGACGUGGAGAGAAUGAAGAAUCUUGAACAUGACACGUGUCCCAGUUUUGUAUCAGACGGUUGGAACCAUGUUUUAUGGGUGAACGAAGCUUACAAGAAAAUGGUGGGCGGAGGAACCGCCGUGGGGGUGGUGGUGAAAGAAGGGUUAGAGUUCCCACGGGGUUCUUUCUCAUGCCGAGUAGGGUUACAGUACGUUGAUGGAAAGGGAAAGAAGAAGCAGUGGAGAAUGGUUCCUUGCGACGUGUGGAAGAUGAGCUCAGGUGGGUUUGCUUGGAGGCUGGAUCUUAAGGCUGCUCUCACUUUGGGACUCUAA